AUGACUGGCAAUCAAAUUAUUGUGUCACCUGAUGUUCCAAUCCUACAAAAUACAAAACUUGGCUGGAUUGUUUUUGGCUCUUGUCAAUUACCUAAAUCAGUGUCACUCAAAAAAUCAUCUAAUCAAUUUGUUACCAAUUUUGUCUCCACAGCUGAAGUCUCCAAUCAGUUGGAAACCUUCUGGAAGCUGGAAGAAGUCUCUUCAGUUAUUCCUGUCUCUCCUGAGUGUGCUAGGGUUGAAGCACACUACAAAGAAAAUACCAUCAGGCAUGAAGAUGGUCGUUUCCAAGUGUCCUUACCUCGCAAGGAUUCAUUUGCCACCCUUGGUCAUUCAAGGACUCAAGCUAUGAAACGUUUCCAUUCAUUGGAAAAAAGAUUUCUUAAAGAACCUGAGCUCAAACUUCAAUAUGUUGAAUUUAUGCAGGAAUAUGAAGAUUUAGGUCACAUGCACCCUGUACCGCCACCAGCCCCUGAGGAACAAGUCUAUUAUAUUCCACAUCACGCCGUCUUCAAGCCCGACUCCACUACAACCAAAACAAGAGUUGUGUUUGAUGCUAGCGCCAAAACAUCAACUGGAAUUUCUCUCAAUGAUGUUAUCUUCAAGGGUCCUGUUGUUCAGUCAGACCUUUUUGACAUUGUCCUACGAUUUCGUAUGCGACCAUUUGCUUUCAUCGCGGACAUAACUAAAAUGUACCGCCAAAUUCUUUUAGAUCCUUCUGAUCGUAAUUUGCAUCAUUUUUUGGAGAGAUGA